AUGGCUCCCUUCCAAGGUUCUGUCUCCGUGACUUACAUCACCACCGCCACGGCGAUCAUCAACAUUGAUGGGGUGCGGUUCCUCACAGACCCCGUUUUCUGUCCUGCUGGCUCGGAAUAUGUCUACGAUGGUUGGGCCAAGGCCAACUGGAAGGAAUGGGGCUUCCAAAACCGUCCACCGACCUCUGUCCUGCGCAGCUUCGAUGGUCCUGCCCUCCAGCUGCACGACAUCCCCCCGAUCGAUGCCAUCCUUCUCAGCCACGAAGACCAUGUUGACAAUCUCGACCCCUUUGGUCGCCAGCUCCUCGAUGGUCGCCGUGUCUACACCACCCCCGAUGGUGCGCACAAUCUCCAGCCACGCCCUGGUGUCGUCGGCCUCAAGCCCUGGCAGACUGUCUCAGCCCAGAUCGGUGGCAAGGACUUCCGGAUUACUGGUACGCCCUGCAAGCACUUCCCCGGCGGCGAGGUCACAGGCUUCAUUGUGGAAUGUGAGUCCUUCGGCGUCGAUGAGACCGGCCUUCCCAACGUCGUCUAUUUCUCCGGCGACACGGUGUGGAUCGAUGAGCUGGUGGAAAUCAAGAACAAGUGGCAUGUAUCUGUGGCGGUUUUGAAUCUGGGCAAUGCCCUCUUCGAGUAUCCCAGGGGUAUGCUGCAGAUUACCUUUGACGGCAAGCAGGCGGCACACUUUAUGCGAGCGACAGGUGCUGAUAUCAUGGUGCCGAUCCAUUUCGAAUCCUGGGAGCACUUUACCGAGCAUCGGGAGGAUUUGCAGAAAGUUUUCGAUAAGGAGGGCAUUGCAGAAAAUGUUUGCUGGCUGGUGCCUGGUGUGGAGAAGAGAGUUAUUUGA